AUGAAUGGCACUAAUAUAAUAUUUUCAGCCUUAAAUUCAUAACCAGAGAAUCUUCAAAUUGAAUUAUAAGCAGAACAUCAUAAUGAAUAUGAAAAGGAGUAUUUGGAGGCAGAUUUAGUAACAAGAAUAAAAACUAGAAAUCCCAGUACAAAUAAUUUCACAAUUAAAUCAACAACAAAUAUAGACACUCGCAGGAAUUGUGAACCAUUAAUCAAUCAAGAUGAAGAUAAGAAAACAAAUACAUCCAAAAAGACAGGCACUAAUUUCAUGAAAUAUUUUUAUCUGAAACGAUUCAUUUAACGCAUCAGAAACAGCAGAACUAAGUUGUCUAUUGUCAAUGAAAAUCAUAUCAAAUUAAUUAACGAUAAUUCGAGUGACAGUUAAGUGAUGAUGUAAAUUCUUAAGCUAAACAAUCAUCCGCAUUUUCAAAUACGAAAUGUGACCAAAUUGUUUCGUGACAAUACACUCUCCUUCUAUGAACAUCCAUUCAUCCUGUGGAUAAGAGAAAAAUAUUAAUUAAGUAGGAAGACUAUUUAUGAAAUUUUAUCCAAAAUGCCAUAAAUACAUCCUGAAUCACUGAAGAAAAUCGUUUGGGAUUACUGGACCAUUCUUUUUAGGUUGCUCCUAUUAAUAUUGAUUCCAUUAGAAAUUGCCUACAAUCCACAAAUCUUAUUUGACAAACUGAUGGGCCUCACUCUUACUAUCAUCAUUAUCUUAAUUAUUGACAACGUAUUAAGAAUGAAUACCAUUUGUUACUCUAGUGGAUAGGCAGUUUAUGAUAGAUGGCAAAUAAUAUAAAAUAAUCUAAAUCUACAAACAAUGUCAGACUUCGCGUUAAUAUUUUUAUUAAUCUACUUUAUUAAUAAUUAAGGUAAUUAAUUUUAAUAUUUAAUGCUUUUAAUAUCACUUACGCAGCACUUUUAAAUCAAUUAAACAUUAUAGAAAAGCGAAGAAUCUCAAUAUUUCACAAAAAAAUAAAAAGCAUUUAUCAAUUUAUUUAAAUUGCUAAUCUACUUGAUCUAUGUACUUCACUUGUUUUCUUGUAUAUGGUUCUUCAAUAGUUCAUUAAAUUACGGUAAUUCCUGGAUUACCUUGAAAGAAUUAGAUCAUCAAUAAUGGCAACUCUAAUAUUUAGAAGCCUUCUAUUUUGCCAUUGUCACCAUGCUCACUAUUGGAUAUGGUGAUAAUGUGCCUAAAACUUGGAAUGAAAAAAUUGUUGCAAUAUUCUUUAUCCUGAGUGCUUGUCUAUGGUUUUCCUACAGUAUUAAUGCCAUUGGAACAAUAAUAAAAGAAAUCAAUCAGCAUUUCAUGGAAAGAAGCAGAAAGAUUAGAGUUAUCAAUAGAUAUAUGCAUCAAAGGAAUAUCCCUUUCUCCUUGCAAUACAGAAUUAGGGAAUAUUUGACUUUUAGAUGGAAGGAGGAAGCAGAGAUUGAUUUGUAAUAAGAAGAAACCUUAUUAAAUGAGCUAUCUGAAGAAUUGAAAUAGGAUUUAAAAAAAUAAGCUAAUAAUGUAUUUUUCAAACAUUGUGAUUUUCUAUUUAAGAAUUUCAGUUUGGAGUUAUAAAAUUCCCUAUCUCCUUUUAUUAAAAGAAAAAUAAUACAACCUUAGAAUACAUUCUCCAUUUACACUCUUAGCGAUGUCUAUUAACCUCAUCUGUGCUUUGUAGAAUAGGGUUAAUUGCAAUAUCAAAAUGUUCUUAAUGUUUCAUUGAAGAGUGUUUAGAAUCAAGGAUAGUUUUUGGAAGUUUCAGAAUUCAUCGAAGAAAAUGAUAAUGCCUAAACUUUUAAAGCAAUUGGGUAUGUGAGUUUACUUGUUUUAAGCAAGUCUGAUUUUACAACAGUAAUUAGAUAAUACCCCAAAGAUUAUUAAAAGUAUUGUAAUUUAAAAGAUUAAUUUAUUCUUUAAGUUAAUAGUAAAAAUUUAAUAUUCGAAUAAUAUUGUGCAGCCUGCAAUAUUAAUACUCAUGGUUUGAAAGAGUGUCCAAACUUAUUUAUAAGCAUUGAUAGAGAAUUAAUAAUCAAAAGACAUUAAUAUUCAUAAGAUUAGCAGAGAAGAUUUAAUAAGAGAUCUAAAAAAAGAGGAAAGACAUCCUUUUCAACUAGGUGUGAUAGAGAGAUCAUAGAAUAAUUUGCAAUUUACUUUUAAAAUGAAUAACCAAAAUUAGUUUAGAAUUAGUUAUCAAAAUAAUUGAUUCAAGAAUAGGAAUUUGACGAGGCUAAAUCUGAUAUUAAUGACUAGUCUCCAAUAAAUAAGACAUUUCAUUUUAAGAGAUAGGAAUCUAUUUAAUUACCUAGAUGCUCUUUGUAAAGUGGAGAAGCAAUUUCAAUUUAGAGGUAAAUAAAUAUCAACGACUCUAUUGCUUCAAGUGAUAAUUAUUCAAUCUAAAAUUUGAAAUUGUCAACCAGGUAAUAAUGCAUGCUUACUGCCAAUAAGUUUAUGAGUGCAAAACUAUCAAAAUACAAAAAGAUGUGUAAUUAAUAAAAUCCAAAAAUUGCUUUGAUUGAUACUGAUGAAUCAUUAAAGAUUGACAUUUAGGAUUGUAUUUAUUAGAAUAUUGAAUUAUUGUACCAUAAAAUCUUCAAUGAAGGUGCUUCAAUACCUUUAGAUAGAUCAGUAUAGGAUCUUUAAAUUUUAUACUUUUCACUUAAAGCAUAAUAGGGCGUUGAGUAAUUUGAGGUUGUCAAAAAUUUUAGUUUUUACAUGGUUCAUCAUAAUAUCGAAAACAUUAUAUUAUAAACAGAGCAGAAAUUUCAUGCUUUGCUUUUGAAGCCUAUCAAUUAACUUAUUAGAUUUAUGUACUAUCCAUAUGAGUUUAUUGUGAAAUUUUAAAAGAUCAAAACGUAGAGAUUGAAAUUGUUGAACAUUUACAAGAAACGAUCUAUUAAGACUUUGAAAUAGAAACAAUCAAAAAUCAAUGAUUUGGUAAGGAAAUGGGAGACUCCUAGAAAGUCCUAUCGUUUGAGUGUGAUAAUACCAAAUAAUGAAUAAUGA